ACCGUUCCAUUUCAAAUGAGGAACCCUACGCGUUGCUAUGACGACGCGGUCGUAAACCCGCCAUUUUUGCCACCCGCGGCCAGUGUUGCGACAGAGACGGAGACUUCUAACGACAUGAAUGUCGAAAAUAAUCAUACGGCAGAAAAAGCGAGGCAACAAACAAGUGACGGCAGCGAGACCAUAACCAUUCAUUCUACUCUGGGAGACCAAGAUGAAGACGUGCACAAAUGUGGACGCUGCCAAACUGAGUUUUCCACCUUGGAUGCAUUCAUUCAGCACAAGCUGCACCAAAGCUGCAGGCGUGAGACGAGCUGUCAGGAUGAAAACCAAGCACAGGUCGACACUGCCAAUGCGGGACACGAAGAAGGGAAGGCCGUGCAAGAAGCUGUCUCGAGUGAGCCAGAAAACAACGAAAGCAAAGUCGCCUUGGGCCGAGGCUGCAGGAGGAAAACAACCUCUCAAAAAGCACCAGAAGAGUCAAAAAUGCCUGAAAAGCCCAUUUCUGACAGCGGAGAGAGUGACAAGAUUGUUUACAAAGUCAACCAAGAGGGACGCUAUAUUUGCCCGCUUUGUGAAAAGACAUUUAAAACGAGCAACAUCUUGAAAACCCAUAUCAAAACUCACAGCGACCAGAAGAACUUUCCAUGUGAGCUAUGCAGCGCCUCCUUCCGCACCAAAGGCUCCUUGAGUCGCCACAACCGCCGUCACUCCGAUGAGCGGCCGUACCAGUGCACCAUGUGUGGCCAGUCCUUCAGAGAAUCAGGGGCCCUCACCAGACACCUCAAGUCCCUCACGCCCUGCACGGAGAAAAUUCGAUUUGUUCAGUACAAGGAGAUUCUUGUCAGCAAGGAUGGCUUGAAGCAAGGAGUGGAAGGAGAAAUUGCAUCAGAGGCCGAGCAGCAGGAGAUGGUAGUCGUAGAGGAGCAGCCACAAGAGGAGCAGGUGGUUGAAGCGCAAACAGCUGUUGUCAGUUUGGUAGAGGCCAACCCCCAGGAAGUCUACCAUCAGGUCCACUUUACCAUGGAGGUGGACGGCACCACCCAGGAGAAACACGUGGUGGUGGACCAGUCCCAGGUGGAAGCCCUCGCCGCCGCCGCAGCAGCGGGCGACAACCUCAUCUGCCAGGCCAUCCUCAACUCUGGCAUUGCUUUGAGGCCGGAGGAAGUGGCACAAGUCUCGCUGGCAACAGAGGAGCAGGAGAAAAGGCUCGCGGCGUGUCCGGACGCUGACGCCACGGACAUUCAAGGGAAAGAGGAGUCUGUGGAUAUGGUGAGUGAGGAAACAUCUCGGCCGUCCUCAAAAGUGUACACAUGUCGGCACUGCAAUCGCACCUUCAAGGGCUUGAACUACUUCCGUUUUCAUGUCAAAGGCCAUUCAAGUCAUAAGCUCUUUAAGUGCACCUUAUGCCAGAGGGACUUCCUGAGUGGGUACCUGUUGAAGAAACACAUGGAAGUCCACGUCAGCGAGAGGCGGUACAAGUGCGGGGAGUGUGGAAAGCUGUACAAAACCGUUGGACACGUACGGGAACACAUGAAGGCCCACUCGGAUGAAAGACCUUACUCCUGUGCCAGAUGCCAUAAAAGAUACAAAACCAAGAAUGCCCUGAUGGUGCAUCAGCGUACUCAUGGCGAGGAGAAACCAUACGUGUGUCAGUUUUGCUUUAGAGGCUUCAGAGAAAAAGGCUCCUUGGUACGACACACUCGCCAUCACACCGGCGAGAAGCCCUUCAGGUGCCCAAAAUGCGGACGUGGCUUCGCUGAGCACGGCACGCUCAAUCGCCACAUGCGUGCUAAAGGAGGCUGCCAUAAAGACGAAUCCAGCAAGCGGCAGCAGGAGGAGGUCACAGAGGAGCAGGCUCCUGCAGACAACCUCGCCACGGCUGCCAUCGUCGCAGAAGACCCUGACGCUGUGCUGGUGGAGUUCUCCUCGGUGGUCGCCGACACACAGGAGUACAUCAUCAAGACUCAAACCGAAGAAGAAGUGCAGGAAGAAGAGGUGACGCUCAUUCAGGACAGCGAAAAUGAGAUGGGCAACCAUAUCGUGAAAGUGGUGCAGCAGAUCGUCAGCCAGUCCCACAGCGCCGGCGGGCCGGGCAGCCACCAGAUCAUCGUACGCAACGCGGUCACCAACUACGAGGGCACGUCCAUCACCGACUGCGGCGACACCAUCACCAUUGCCACGCCCGAGAGCCUGACGGAACAGGUGGCCAUGACGCUGGCCUCGGCCAUCAGCGACGGUACGCUGCUGGCCCAGGCCGUGGAAACUACGGAGGGGACGGUCGCUAUGGUAACCACGGAGGAGGCGAUGGAGGCAGGGGGAGUGCAGCAGGAGUAUGUCAUCACCACUACGCCGCAGGAGGUGGAGAUUCAGACUGUCAUCGUGUGAUUAAAGAGGUCCAUUACUACACCGAGGUCAGGAGAAAAGAACAAGACAUCAACGCACAUAAGGUUUUUCAUUCAUUCUUUCUUCAUAAAUCUGCAGUUAUUGACCCAUGUUUUUGACGUCAUCUGCUAACCUCCUGGCUUCUCUACGGUCAAAAAUGUUGUUUGCUGUUUGCGUCCUGCCAACGAAGGUUUAUGUUGCCGCGCCACACUUGAACUCAUCAUAGCAAACUGCUAUACCAAAUAAAUGUUAUUUUCCUAUAAAA